GCAAAAUUUUGGAAAACUGUCCAGACACAUCUUUCAGGUGCUAAAGAAGCAUCUCCAACAUGGGAAAGAACUAUGUGUGGAUGCUUGUCCAGGAGCCAAACCCUAACCAGCCUGACAGCCUUAGGUGGAUUCUGAAGAUGGUCCCAACACUAACCCACAACAGUCCUAAACCCAAACCCUCACCCUGCUCCUCACCCUGCUCUUCAUCUGGCUCCUCAUCUGGCUCGUCAUCUGGCUCCUCACCCAGCUCCUCACCCAGCUCCUCACCCUGCUCCUCACACGGCGCCAGCCGUUUCAAUGCAGACUGCCCCAGACCUACAAAAAGAAAAAACACCCUGCCAUCUGAGACAUCAGGUUCCGUGCCAAAGCAGAACUGUGUGAGGACGUCUGUCCAGGAGCCAAACCCCAACUGGCUUGACAGCCUGAGGCAGAUUCUGAGGAUGGUCCCAACACCAACCCACAUCAGCAGCCCUAAACGCAAACCCUCACCCUGCUCCUCACCCAGCUCCUCACCCAGCUCCUCACCCUGCUCCUCAUCUUGCUCCUCACCCUGCUCCUCAACUGGCUCCUCAUCUGGCUCCUUAUCCAGCUCCUCAUCAGUCUAUGCCACCAACAAUGGGGAUUGCCAUCAUAUCAUUGCUGUCCAAACCUGA